UGCAAGUCAAUGAUCCAAUAUCAAGUCAUCUAGAAGCCCAGGCCCAAGCCAGCCGCCUUCAGACUGAAAUAAAAGUCUAGAGCCUAUGCUGCUAUGCAUUGAAUUUAUAAGCUUCGACGCUGAUAUAUAGCCUAUAUAUAAUCCACCUUCGAACAAGUCAUAAUCACAAAUCGAUAUUUACUCAACAUAAGAAAGCAUACUACAGAACUACAUUGAAGAGAGAUGGCUGGGUCAGUUAGCUGUGAAUUAGUGAUCAAUGCACCAGCAAGCUCGGUGUGGGAUCUGAUCAAAGGUCUUAAGUUAGCGGCUGCUAUUGAAGAAUCAUUCACUCAUCUUAUCGAGAAAAUCGACGCCGUCGGUGAUGGUUCCGUCGGUACAGAACUCAAUAUCAAGUUCAAACCAGGCACAGUUCCCUUUUCUUACUACAAAGAGAGGUUUACCAAGGUUGACAACGAGAGCAUGGUGAAAGAGAAUGAGGUUUUUGAGGGCGGUUAUUGUGAUUUGGGAUUCAGCAAAUACUUUGUUCGAUUCGAGAUCGUAAAGAAGGAUGAGAAUAGCUGCAUUGCAAAAGCUACAACUGAGUAUGAACUUAAGGCAGAUGCUGAUCCUAAUCUCGCUUCCUUAGUUUCAGUUGAUCAAAUGAUGGGUGUUCUCAACCUUGCUGCUAACAAAGUCGUAAACGGAUCCAAGUAACUAAUUAGCCUCUGAUUUAGUUUCUGCACUUGGGUUUUGAAAGUCUUCAAGACUGUAUUGUAAUUUGGGAGUUGCUCUAUUUUUAUGUUUGUUGAUUUUCCGUAUUCAUGGAUACCAGAGACAAUAAAGUUGAUCUACACAUUUGAUUUCCUGAAUUAUGAAUCCAUAUCGAAUAAAUUUAGUACCGCA